AGGCAGGAAGGAAUGGGCGGGGUCAAUUGAUCUGUGAGGGUGGAGAGAGAAAUAAUGAUUUAGCGGCCGCCGGAGCCGGAGUCAGCGGAGAGACCUAACGCGCGCACACGCGCCGGAGUGGGCGGAGCCUGAAGGGAAUCCUUCCUCGUCCUUCUCCUUUGUCAGUCCCCUCCCCCUCUUUAAAGCACCUGCCCCUCCUCCACUAGAGCCGCGGCGGCGCCUCCAAAGACGGGCGGCGCCGUUCGAUAGCAAGCGUGUUUUGUCGGUCCCCUUUUUUCCCCCCUUCCUCCUUUCCGCAGCUGGCCCUGUAGGUGGAUGCGGCUGAGCUCGGGCUCCCAGCUUUCUGCUUCUCCUUCGUACCUCUGCCGUUAGCCCAGCGUGGUCCAGACGGAGUCCCAGGAGCCGGCCAGAGCCACGAUGUUUGACAAGACGCGGCUGCCUUAUGUGGCGCUGGAUGUGAUAUGCGUAAUACUUGCUGGCUUACCCCUUGCUGUUCUAAACUUGGCAAAAAUAAAGCCGUAUCAGAGGGGCUUUUUCUGUAAUGAUGACAGCAUCAAGUAUCCGUUCCAUGACAGUACCAUCACAUCCACUGUCCUCUACACAGUGGGGUUCACUGUGCCCGUUUGCUCUAUAAUCCUAGGAGAGGCCCUGUCUGUGUAUUACAACCGUUUGCACUCCAGUUCAUUUGUGCGAAACAACUAUAUUGCCUCUAUUUACAAAGCCAUUGGGACAUUCAUUUUUGGCGCAGCUAUUAGCCAAUCUCUAACGGACAUUGCCAAAUACUCUAUAGGUAGGCUGAGGCCUCACUUUCUGGACAUAUGUAAACCAGAUUGGCCACAGAUCAACUGCAGUGCAGGCUACAUUGAAAUCUUCAAAUGCCUUGGAGACAAAGCAAAGGUUAAUGAGGGGAGACUGUCGUUUUACUCUGGACAUUCUUCAUUCUCCAUGUAUUGCAUGCUGUUCCUAGCACUUUAUCUUCAGGCCAGAAUGAAAGGUGAUUGGGCAAGACUUCUGCGUCCUACAGCUCAGUUCAUUCUCAUUGCAGCAUCUAUCUAUGUGGGUCUCUCCCGUGUUUCUGAUUACAAGCAUCAUUGGAGUGAUGUGUUGACCGGACUUAUCCAGGGAGCAUUGGUAGCUGUACUUAUUGCUGUAUAUGUAUCUGAUUUCUUCAAACAGAGAGGUCGUCCAUUUAAACAGAAGGAGGAAGAAGAUUCGCACACAACUUUACAUGAGACACCUAGCAGUGGAAAUCACUAUGGCAGUAAUCACCAACCAUGAUAGAAUAGAGAGCUAUUACCCUGUGGAGUCUCCCAUUCUAUAGAAGGAGAAUGUCAAGUCUUUCUGACCUAUGUAAAAAAAUAAAUUAAAUGCCUUUUGAAGGGGCUGCUGCUGCUAUACUUCUUGGAUGCUCACUUUACAUGUAUAUAGUAACACUUGUGUAUCUAAACAAAAUCUCUAUUGGUUCAAGCUUUUGCUUUAAACAUCCAGUAUUCUGGCUAUUUUUUUAAUUAAAAUAAUGUGGUAACAUUUAUAUACAGCAAUGGUGUGUGUAAUAAUGCUUGCUAGCAUGAGGCUUAUGGUGAAAUACAUACAAGUUGAGAACAUUAAGCAUCUGUCUUGCUUAGGCAGGAUUGGCAGCUUUUGCUGUUAACUUUACACUUCUGUCUCGGAGUCUCUGUAGAAUAGCUGUUAAGGCUGUUCACGCUCCAUUUCAGGAGAACACUUACAGGUAAAGGCUUGCAGCAAACACAAUAUCUCUCUUGAUUUUAGUAAUGCCUGUUAAGGGAAGAAAAUAAUAUGAAGUCAUAAGGAUAAUGUACCUGUUGCUGAUACUAGCAACAUGGGGUACAUUAAAGGAUGCACCUGUGUUGAAGCUCAGUAUCAAUUUAAAACUGAUUAUGAUUUUCCCAGUUUCGAGGAGGCUGUGGAGCCAUUAAAUGGCUUUCCAGUUAUCUGUUCCAUGAAAGAACUGGAUAGCAGCAAUAAAGUGUACAUGGAACCUAUGGUUAAUUCAAAAGGGACAUUUUUACUUGUUUAAGCUAUUUAAAAUUACUCAUAAACACUCUAAAUUUCAAGAUGCAUGUAUUUAUAAGAAACUGUACAUACAGACCUUCUGCAAAUUUGUUUUCCAGUUCUGUGUUUCCAAUGGCCUUUGCUGCUUGGCACAUCUGUCGCAGCAAUUCUUCCAGCCGCCUCAUACAGCGAAUUAUGCUCCCUGCAUGGGCAAAAAGGGCUUGCAUUAAAGCACUUGUUCUCUAAUGAAGAAUAGCAGAUUUUCCCUAUGAAGUAGUUAUAUAGCUUUCUACUCAAGCAGAAUUGUAACACCUCAGUCCUAUAGUUUUGCCCAAGAAGAAAAUCACAGUAUAAACAUUCCUGACUUACAACAUGGGAUCCCAAACUGUUCCCUGAUCACAUUAUCAGAAUUGCUGUUCUCCAUUAAGGUGAAUUCUGAAGGAUUUUGUGUGCGUUUGUGUGUGUGCGCGCAGUUUUCCUUUCAGCUUUCUAUCAGGCACUCUCCUCUUGGGUGCAUCAUUAGUUUUUUACUAGCCUUAAAUGAACGUUGCUCAAGCUUAAGGCACAGGUGGAAUAAACCACCUCAAGAGAGGAUUGUCAAAAGUUGACAUAAUAGAAGGCUGAAGAAAGGGCUCUAACUUGCAAGGUUAUUAAGUUGCUGCCAUGUAGUUUCUACUCAUGUACAGGAUAUAGAAGGGUGGGCUUUAGCUAAAUUGUCACCUGAAAGUCAACCUAUGGCAGUCGAUUUAACUUUUAUUCUUGCUCAGCCUUCUCAUUCUGGUUUCUAGGACACCUCACCACAAGAUACAGAGAAGCAAGAUUCUUUCCUUCCCAACCUCCUGCAUAUUUUUUGCACUGUACACAUGAUGAAAGAAUUGUAUCUUUUUAUUUCAAAGAUUCUGGGAUGCAUAAAAAUAUAUGGUAGAGCAGGCACAGGACCUGGAGACCAACAGGUUAAGAAUGUGUGUUUUCCUUCACAGUUUAUAAUAUAAAAGAAAUAAAACUGAAGUUUUAUCGGCGAGUCUCAGCAAGAGAUUAAAUUUGAUCGUUUUGAUUCCGGAUCCAAUAACUCCAGUAAAAAGCCACCUGGAGUCAAUUACCAAAAAGACAGAAGUCUGAGCCAAAAGCUGGGAUAUAUCCUCUAAGGGUACUCUGCAUGCCGUAUUCUGAGCAAACCAUCAGUUUGGAUACAGACUGACUUCUGCUUACAGGGCUCAUUAUGCAAACACAACCAACAGAAGCAUUCUUGUAUGGUUAACAUAGAGAAUGUGUGUAUGGAGAACAGGAUACUUCAAAUUUAUUCCAUUUGCCUAUAUACCGAAUCUGCCUUUCUGCUGGAUAGACUGAAGUAUCUGGACUUUGCACCUUCCCGUCUCUCUGAACCAGCCCAUACCUAUAUAACAUAGGCACUGAAACUUCACUUAAAAGGACUUUGUCAUGACAAACAGAAAAGUGCCUUUCUCCCAGUAUUUACUCCUCACUUCUUUUGUUAAAAGGAUUGAUUAUCUGCCAUAUUUGGAAACAAUAAUGUGCCAUUUACUCUGCAUUGCAAAAACGGGCAAGAUGUGGUUUGGGAUUAUGCUACCGUGGUCAGUGCCUUGUCUGUGUUUUAUGUAAUUUCUACCCUACCAAGGGAAAUUGCUAGUGUGGGCAGCUUACAAAGCUUCGUUAUCCCACCCUGCCUGAUGCUCAACAUCAAACUUGGUUCAUCAAGCAUGUCUGGUCUCUAACUAGCAGCAAAGAGUUCACUUACUGGGCAAGACCUACUACUACUACCUACCUACGUGCAUGGGAAAGAAGGGUGGAGGACAUUUUGAUAUGACAUUUGCAAGCACAACCAUCCACAGAAUUGACUGCCUGCUUCAGUGCAACCAAAUAAACUGUAUAUAUGACAAAA